UCCAGAGCGAGGAAGAGAGCAGGCAAGGCAGAGAGGGAGAGAGAGGGUAGAGAGCCAGAGAUCCCCGAGGAAGCCCUGUGCCUCUCAGCUGGAAUCUGCCAGGGCGCAGCCAGCAUGCUGGUCCUCAGCCCGUUCCCCCGGGGAUCUUACCUGCAGCUUUUCUUCUGCUUUGCUCUGUCCCAGACUGCGUACGUUGACAAUGUCUUCUCACUUUCAGCAGAUCUCCCUUGUUUGGAACAGAAGAAACAGCUCAGUUGCAGAGAAUUCUUCCUCCUCGGCCCUCCUCCUCCACCCCUGUUUCCACCACCGUACUUCAGGCACAGCUGGAGCACUAAGUUGCUUGCCCUGGAUACGAAAGAGUUGUGUCAAGAGGCCUCCUCCCUGCCUGAAUUGCAUUGCCCCUCAGGGCCUCCUGGCCCCCAGGGUCCACAAGGAAUUCCUGGUGUAAUGGGACCAAAAGGGGAGAAAGGGGAGAUUGGCAGGCCUGGAAGAAAGGGCAGACCAGGUUCCCCAGGCGUCCCUGGGAUGCCAGGACCAAUAGGACAGCCUGGACCUGCGGGACCGAAGGGUGAAAAGGGAGAGUUGGGUGUGAUGGGAUUGCCAGGUACAAGAGGACCAAUGGGCUCCAAGGGUUUUCCUGGAACUAGAGGAGAAAAGGGAUCCAGAGGUGAAAGGGGUGACAAGGGAGUCAAAGGAGACCAGGGAGAAAUAGGUUUCCCUGGAAUGCUGGGACAAAAAGGAGAGAUGGGCCCAAAGGGACAAUCUGGAGUACCAGGACACAGAGGACCUAUAGGAAGACCUGGAAAACGAGGCAAACAAGGACUAAAGGGAGACAUUGGACCUGCGGGUAUCAUGGGACCACCUGGAAGGCCUGGUCCUUCUGGCCAGCCAGGCCCCCCUGGACCUUCAGGAUUAGCCCAAUUUGCAAUAGGACCAAAAGGGGAAAGAGGACUUCCAGGACCGCCGGGGAGAUGUCUCUGCAGACCACCCCAGCAUGUGAAUAACCCACCCUAUGAGGAACCUGUGUUUGGAUACAGUUAUCCGAAAGUCCCUGCGAUUUUUGUGGUGAAUAAUCAAGAAGAACUGGACCAGUUAAACACCAAAAAUGCCUUGGCUUUUAGAAGAGAUCAGAGAUCUUUGUAUUUCAAGGACACCUUUGGAUGGCUCCCAGUCCAGCUCACCCCUUUCUAUCCUGUGGAUUACCGCUUCGAGGCUGGCGGUACCUGUGGAGAUGGGAUCGUGCAGGAUGGGGAAGAGUGCGACGAUGGCAACAUGGUUGUGACUGAUGACUGUAUAAGAUGCCGCCGUGCUUACUGUGGAGAUGGCUACCGACACGAGGGGGUUGAAGACUGUGAUGGGAUGGAUUUUGGUUAUUUGACAUGUAAAACGUAUCUCCCUGGGUCUUACGGAAAACUGCGAUGCACUUCUUACUGCUACAUUGACUCCACACAGUGUCGAUACUUCACAUGAGGGGAGUGGAGGUGGGUAGCAUCCUGCAUGCAGCGGGGUGCUAGGUGCUACACUAUCAUCUAUCCAAGAAGGAAUGGGACAAAAAAAACCCCACCCACCUCUGUGUGAAAACAAAGACAUGUCAUGCUGCUGAUGGCCAUUUUGAGAUUAUUUUUUUUUUAAAUUAAGUCAGAUUGGGAAAAAAAUAGGACCACUGCAUCCUGUCUUAAUAGAGAAACGUCAAACUGUGUUUGCCAGUAAGACUUCCGUGUGUCUGUGGGUGGCAACGUGCUCUCCAUCACAAAUACAACAUUAAGCUACUGGAAACUGAAUUUCACUAACCACGAAUAUCGUGUAACAAUUACCUCAACUUAGCACUGUUAAACCAACAUGAAAGCUCUUCAGGGUUUUGGUCUUUAAACCUUCUCAGCAUAAACACAAAGCGUAUCUCAGAUGAGGUGUUUAUGGAGACUGUCCUUUCUUAAAAUGUGAACUUUGCAAGUGUUCUAUCCACAUGAGUGAUUACUUCAGCAACAUUACAGCUUUGUGGGUCGAAGGAGCAGAGGCUCUUCAGUAAGUCUUUUCAGGAUCAGCAAACUCACCAAAAAAGCUGGUUAACUUCACCUUCAGGCUAAGACAUCUGGCUGUGUGUGUCUGUGUGCAUGCAGGGAAAUGGAAGCAGACACAGCAGGCCUCAAGCUGCAGACAAAACACAAGGGCCAAACUGGGCAAAUAAACUGUGAAAUAGCCAAGGAGCUCUCUCCCAGGAGAAAAUCAGACAAGGGGGGAAGAUAUAGAAGGAAUGUAUUUCUGUAUUUUUCACCUCUGUGGAGCUGGCUGAGCUCUGCGUGACCCCGAAGGGGCUGGGACAGCAUCGUUACCUGUCUGAAAACACAGCGUGACCCAGCACACGUUGCCUUCACUCUGAUUUCCACACUGGAAGGUCUUUUCGUUUCCAUCCACUUGUCUACCCGACCAUCAUUGUUCAGUUACCAGUCUCACCCUGUCCUUUCCCCCUCUCUCUCCCACUCGAUGUUUCUGCCAUUGUGUCUGGGGUGCCUCCCCAUGUAAGAAGUUCUCACUUUUGUAUUGCUGUAACCCAGGUCUUAGAGUAGGGUGUUUAUAGAUGUUAUUCGUGCUGUGCAAUGUACAUGUAUUUUUUGUUUUUCAGAAAGUUUGUUCAACUGUAUUAGCUCUGAUAGGAGUCAGGGUAAUUAUAUACUUAUUUAUUAGCAGGCAUUAAAGAGCAUAUUAAAAGUUACGUGCAGAAGAGUCUAUAACAGAAGAAAAUGAAACAAAGAAUGUGUAUAAUUCAGGGCUAAGAGCCUCAAAUCAAGGUUUUAUUUUCUUACAAGCCAUUAUUUUCUGCUUCAUGAUAGAUGCUGUGCACAACUGUUAAGAGAUGUGUGGGUUAUUUGUACCAGUGACAGCCCUGCAACAGCUGUACUUACACUGGUGCUACAACAGAGGUUAAAUAAAAGUAGAUGUUAUAUUAAAAUGAUAAUGCAUUAAAGUAAUCGAGGAAGGGAUAAGAAUUUUACUACCAGUAUAGAAGACUAUAACUCUGCAUGUCCAAAGUGAUGCUGGAAAUCACAAACUAAAAAAAAAAUAAAUAAAGCAA